AUGCUGGGGCACCACCUCACCCUGAAAUCUCAGCACCAAUCUGAACCUCACCAAGCCUCUAAAGCGGACCUUAUCUCCAUGAGACCUGAACUUAAGGCCCUCUUUGCUUCUGAGCUGGGAGUGCGAAGGGAAGAUCUGGGCAUAUCAACUGGCCGCAUAGAUGCUAUGGAGGAAGAUAUACAUGACCUCCAAAUUGCUCAUGACAUAGCUGCAGCACCGCUACUAAAAUUAACCAACACUUGCACGCUUUAA